AUGUCAACCAAUCUCCCUUUUAUCACAGCAACGAUACGUCAAUACAAAGCUUCCCAAGAUUACAACGAAUGGGAAUUGAAAUUCUUGGUUGAUACCGGCGCAAACAUCUCAAUCAUCAACUCUGAAGAACUCACUAAGUCGAAGGAAAAGUUUUUAACCCAAGACAUCGAGGAAGUUGUUGCCAAGCAUGCGUCGAACGAAGUCGCUGCUCGCUUCAACAAGAAACUUUUCUGCAAUCUUUGCAUCAAGAAUCAAGAAGUCGAAAUCACAAACGUCGAAUUUUAUAUCGCUGAUCAACUUCAAUUCUCUGGAAUUAUCGGCACCGACGUCUUACAAAACUUUCAACUCGACCUUCGAGCCAAGGAGCCAUUAUUUCUCAACAACUAUGCCAUUAUUGAUACUCAUGAUGAAGAUGAAAUUUCAAUUAUUGAUUAUCAAGCGUCAAGCUAUGAUAACCUCUCACGCGGACUUAUUUGCAACAAGGAUACUUAUGUUUAUCCAACAAAGGAAAAAUGGAUCGAUGCGAAAACUUUCCCCGUUCAAGGCGAGUCACUUCGCCUUAUCACCAAUGGACACCUAAUCGAAGAGGGACUGGAUGUUCAGAAUACAUUCUUUGGUCCUAACUUCAUCCAAGCAAAAAUUAUCAACAACACAGAUCGCACUCUUCUUAUCACAAAAGGAACCCUUUUGUCGUUUGAAGAAACUUCGGAACUUCAGAAUCAUUUCUCGCUGAACACACUCAUUGCCCGUCAAGAACUCGAUGAAAGUGAACGAGAAGAACUCGAUAAGGAAUUUGAAGCAUGGAAACUUGAACGAGAAAAACUCACUCAAGAAAUUCCAAUGACGAAAGAAAUCGAGAAAAUCACGAAUGCAGUUGAUCGACAACAUCGCAAACCACUCAACAGAGUCCUUACCGAGAACGAUUUUCACUAUUGUCGACAUUCAAAUGAUGUUGGCUUUACAAAACACUACAUUGCCGACAUUGAACUUUUGAGCGACAAGCCUGUUUUUAUGAGACCUUAUCCCAUAGAAACAGCAAUGAUUCCCAAGUUCGAAACGAAAGUAAAAGGAAUGAUCAAAGGUGAUAUAUUGACCGACAACAUUGUCUCUGAAUACAAUAGCCCUUGCCUCUUCGUUGCAAAAUCUAAUGGCCGUCACCGCUUAGUUCAAAACUACAGCGCUGCAAAACGUGGUGAGAAAAGCCUCAACCAACAAAUCAGAUUGCCGAGAUUCCCAAAUGCGAACAUCCGAAGACUUCUUCAACGAAUCUCAGACAAACUUGCGCUUUUCUCAGAAAAAUUUCCACGAUCAAAGGUCGUUUUCUCAACGAUUGAUUUAUCCAACGCGUUCCACAAUCUGCUCUUACGCAAAGAAGCCCGCCGAUACACAUCAUUCAUCUUCAAUGACAAUCAAUACUCAUUCAAAAGGCUCCCUCAAGGACUCGCAUCAAGUCCUAUGAUUUUUGCUGCAUUUAUCUACAGAGUAUUUAAAAAUACCUCAACCCAGAAUUUCGAAAUUUUAUCAUAUCAAGACGAUGUGAUUAUUGUUGCUCCAGAAGAACACGUUAUUGCGGCACUGGAUGUUCUUUUUCAACGAGUGCGCAUGCACAAUCUGAUUCUCAACAUUGCGAAAUGUAAAUUCUUCAAAUCAUCAAUCGAAUUUCUUGGAUACGUUAUUACUCCGAAUGGAUUCUCUCCAAGCGAAAAGAAAAUUCAAGCUCUAUUAACACGGAAAGCACCCAAAACUUUCAAAGCUCUUCAAGCCUACGCUGGCUCAUUCAAUUACUAUCAACGUAAUUUUCCGAAUCUUUCAAUUCUUCUUGCUCCAAUCACAGACGCGAUCAGUAAAGGCGAGAAACGAUACAAGCUGACCCCGGAGAUCACGAAUGCGAUUGAGAAAAUUCAGGAGACAAUCAAAGAAGGAGGUUUCAUCAGUCAUUUGAAUUACAGUAACGAUAACGAUAAUUUCAUUUAUAUUGCGACAGAUGCGAGUUUAACCGCAUGUGCUGGCGUAAUCGGAAAUGUGAGAAAGACUGGAUCAACGUUCACGGAUUUCUCGAACUGUGGAUUUACGAGCAAAAAUUCGUCCAACAAGAAAUGCUGCUUUCGUCACGCUCUCGCGAACUCAUCGCAAUUGCGCAUACUCUAUCAUACUUCACCGACUUGA